AUGAGUGCCAGUGUAUAUAUUGAAGAAUUGAAUCAAUUACAAAACUUGAUGUUUGAAAUACUAGACAAAAUAAUGAUGAAGAAUGGCGAUAACGAUUCCACGAGGAACAUCGUUGAAGAAGAAGAAGAGUAUUGUUAUGAUAUGAUAAUGAAGUUUGAAUCUCUUUUGAAUUGUAUUAUUGUUUGUAUUAAUAACAGUAGUAUAGCGAGGAUGGGUAGGAAAAUGAAUGGUAGUGGUGGUAGUGGUGGUGAUGAUAUUACCAAUAUACGGUUUUUACAAUUUGAUUCUGAUCACUUAAAUGGUCAAUUAUCAUUACUAUUUAAAUUGAAAUUGAUGACCGUUAAUGAUAAUGAGACACAAUAUGUUUUGGAUAAUCUAAUCAGAUUGAUUAAUUGGAUUGUACAAUAUAAAUCACAUAUGAAGACAUUGAUUGAAAAAGUUCGUUUAGAUAUGAUUAAUGCACAAGAUAUGGAAAGGGAUGCUUGUAUUGAAUUACAUUGUAAUUCUCACGACAAUGAUGAGAAUGAUACAAGAAUCCUGAAUAAUAAGAAUAAUAAUGGGAAAAGGACUGUAAGAACGACGACUAUGAUAACUACGAAGGAUAAAUUAUUACAAACGACAAAGAAAUUGACCAAUAAUUUAAUUAAGAGUAAUCAAAUUUUACAAUCAGGGAUUUUACAAAGUGAUUUAAAUUUGGAUGAAUUAAAGCAACAGACCAAAUAUUUAAUGACAAUUGAUGAUAAAUAUACACAAUUUGAAAGUAUAUUCCAUAGUACGAAUAAAUUGGUUAAGACAUUGGAAAAGGCCUCUCAUCAAGAGAAAAGGGAUGUUUAUUUUGCUUUGGGGUUUUUAAUUUGUUGUAUAUCUUGGGUAUUAUGGAGACGUAUUUUUAAAUUACCUAUCAAAUUGUCUCUUUGGUUAUUAUUCAAAUUUUUCAAGAGUAUUUUAUUAACCAUUGGGUUAGUUAGUAAACAGAUGAGCAGUAGUAAGGGUACGGAAAAUAGCAUAAUAUCAAGUGCGCAAGUCAGAGCAACAACAACAGCAACAACAGCAUCUUCAAUAGAGGAAGCCGACAUGACAAUAUCACCCUCAAUUAUUUCAAUACAAUCUUCCAAUUAUAAAAGUAGUGGUGUGAUAUCUACUAUGAUUACAUCCAUUGAAACCACCUCUCUUACUACUACUACUACUACUACUACAGCAGGUAGUAAUAACAUUGUUGAGACAACAGAUGACUCUCAAUUUCAAAAUCAAGAAGAUUUCGAAAGUAAUACAGAUCGUGCCUUAGAGGAUGCAGUAAACGAAGCCAUGGGCCGUAUCUUAGAGGAACAAGAGCAAGAACAACAAAAACAAAAACAGCAACAGGAAAACCAAUACGGGGAUUACAAUUACCAUGAUGAGCUCUAG